AUGCGGCAUCGGUGCGCGGGAGCUGUCCAUCAGCAACACAUCCUCUACGGAAACAGCGAGCAGAACCGAGACCAAGUCACUCCCGUUUUCAGCUUACCGCCCCCGCCCUCUUCUCAGCACCGAGUCCGCACGUCGACCGCCACACAGCUCCGGGAGCUGCCGUGUCUGAGCCAGCCCUCUCGGAGACCUGUUCCCAGCGACGACCCGCUGCCGUUGGAGAGCUACGACACCAGCCGGCGACCUUCAAGCAGAGGCAGCGAACCCAGCGCCGGGCAGCCGGCGCACCUGCAGGAUCCGUGGGCCCCGGUCGGCUCUCAGCCGCCGCUGCAGUCAGAGGGGGAGCCUGUUUUUCCGAGCUGCCACUGCAGCUUUUCACAGCAAGAGGCGAGCUUCUCUCUAACCCAGUCCUACCCUGACCACCUGCUCCCACCGCAGCCCUCCCCACCUUUGCCUCCGCCUAUUCCGCCGCCACCGGCGUCGACCGCCUCCUUCCUGCGCUCCUCCCGGGGACCUAAAAGCGGAGAUCGCCUCCGAAGGAGUGCCAAUAAUUACCAACAAGCGAGCAUUGUGGAACGCUGCAGGGGGGGAGGAGAAGCCGGAGAGCACCGAGACCACCGGCAGCUGUUGCAGCAGCAGCAGAGGGACCCCUCCCCUGAAGGAAGCCGUGGAAACUCACUUCAACGGCGCUCUUUAAAUGCAUGCGACUCAUCCGAGACUCGAAGAGCGUUUGAGUCUGAGACUUGGGACCUGCAGCAGCAACAGAUCCCACUGUUACGAGCGCAGCAGCAGCUACUGGUGGGAAACAGCCUGCCUGUCAACUACUGCGCCAGCGGCUCCGGAGAGCUAUGUAGGACUCCCCGGGCUCCACCGCUGCAGCAGCAAGAGCGGCACGGAGCGCCAGGGCCCGGGCCCCCGCGUCAGCAGCAGCAGCUGCAGCACUGUGAACAGGACCGCAAUAAGUGUGGGAAGAUCGGUGCACACGGUGGCCAGGCGCAGCCGCAACGCCACGACUCCCGCGUAACCCCCCCGGCAACACCGCACGCGCAUACUGGGACGUGGUCUACAGCUGGCAGCCGCAGCAGCAGAGACAGCCCCAACCGCGACUCCAGCUAUCACCUGUGGCCCGAGAGCCCGCACAAGGGCGAGCAGAGGAUCCGCAUCGACCCCCAUCAGGCCACUACUGAGCAGAAGAAGCUGAGCCAUGCUGGAUCCAAGCCCUCCCUCUCCGAGAGCAGUCGCCGACUCCCUCAGAUAGCCAUGAACACCUGCAAGUACAAUGGUGGAGUGGUGAGACCACUAGUGGGCAGCCUGGCAUCCUCGUCACGCCGCAACCUCGCUGAACUUGACUCGGAGACGCAACCCUUGCAGACGCUGCACAGCUCUGGCCUGGAGGUGGUUGUGUCCAAGGGCAAUCCCGGGGAAGACCCCAGUAAGGCAUCUAACGAAAGCUUGGUCAGGGAGGGUGGCGGACGAAGCGGGGGCAGGGCUCCCCAGAAGAAGAACAGGGACAUUGGCUACAAGCUCGGUCACCGGAGGGCGCUGUUUGAGAAGCGAAAGCGUCUCAGUGAUUAUGCACUCAUCUUUGGGAUGUUUGGGAUUGUCGUCAUGGUGACAGAAACGGAACUGUCAUGGGGAGUUUACACUAAGGAAUCGUCAUACUCAUUUGCACUGAAAUGCCUUAUCAGCCUUUCCACUGUUAUUCUGCUUGGUCUUAUAAUAAUGUACCAUGCCCGGGAAAUCCAGCUGUUCAUGGUCGACAACGGCGCUGAUGAUUGGAGGAUAGCCAUGACGUAUGAGCGGAUCUUCUUCAUCGUGCUGGAGCUUCUGGUCUGUGCCAUUCAUCCCAUCCCAGGCCAGUAUGUCUUUACGUGGACAGCGCGACUGGCCUUCACCUACAUGCCAUCUGUGGCUGAUGCUGAUGUGGACAUCAUCCUCUCAAUCCCCAUGUUCCUGAGACUCUACCUGAUUGGCAGGGUCAUGUUACUCCACAGCAAGCUGUUCACAGACGCAUCGUCGCGCAGCAUCGGAGCCCUCAACAAGAUCAACUUUAACACCCGCUUUGUAAUGAAGACCCUUAUGACCAUCUGCCCAGGAACAGUGCUGCUGGUGUUCAGUAUAUCGUCCUGGAUCAUUGCUGCAUGGACUGUGCGUGUCUGUGAGAGGUAUCACGACAAACAGGAGGUAACGAGUAACUUCCUGGGAGCCAUGUGGCUCAUUUCCAUUACCUUCCUCUCUAUUGGCUACGGGGACAUGGUACCGCACACAUACUGUGGGAAAGGCGUGUGCCUGCUUACAGGGAUCAUGCGCCUGCUGCCGGUGUCUGCAGCUCCGCUGUCUCGGACAAACUACACUCCUCUCACUCAGCGCCGAGUUCACUCAGCUGUUUCUGACGUUGAAGCCCAGAAACGGAGAUUCUAGCCGCUCAGUAAAGUGUUCACGACUGAAAGAGAAAGUUUUCCAACUAACGUCCAGACAGAGCUGAUAUAACUCCAGCGAGCAGCGACACGCUCAAACCAGCACGGCUCUGGUUGUGUUUCCUCCCCGACACACAACAACGUGGUCAAGCUGCUCAGACAUGUUCAUCAGCACAAAUCUAUGUGAGCACCUGUUGUCAUCUAAUGUUGUCAUUAUUAUGAUGAAGAUGAACAAAACAACAGGAGUCUCCUCCUCAGCUCAGAUCAACCCCAUGAUGCAGGUAUCUGGCUGGAACAGGUGAGCAUCACAGUAAACCAGUGGAGCAAACUGAGCUUUAAAUAUGUUGGUUUUAUGCUCUUUUUCUGCUCCAAAACAUGAAAGUUAACAGGUGAGAUGUUGCAUUUUCAUUUAAGAUAAAAUGAUAUUUUUAUUUUGUUGUUGGCCCGUGAGAAAAGAUUUAACCUACAGUAAACAGGAAGUGGAAAGGCUGCAGAUAGAUGAAUAGAAUAGAAAAUCCCUUUAUUGUUCCUCAGUGGGGAAAGCUAGACGUCACAGCAGCGAUGACACGUAUUACAGGAGAAAAAAGGAGAAUAAAAAUAAGAAAAAUGAAUAAACAAGAAAACAUAAAUCCUGAAUAGAUAAAAAAAAUGCUGAUUAAACCACAAGUAAUGAAUACCACUGAUGCCUUUUACUUAAAACUGACUUGCUCGUGUGUCAUUUGGUUAUUCCACAUUCAGUGUUAAUGCAGAAAUAUGUUUGUUUCCAAAUUUAAAAGUUCAAAAUUGCAUAUAUGUUGAUAAAGAAAAUGUGCUAAUUUGCGUCACUUUUUCAAAAAAUAUUAAGUUUGGCCCUCGACUCCGUCCCAGAGUUUCAUUUCGGCCCCGUGUGAGUUUGAGUUAGACACCCCUGCUCUAAUCUUGCACAACUGAUUCUGUACACAGGAAGCUUUAACGACGCUGUGGUACCAUACCAAUGUAUUCAUAAAGCACAGUUUAAACAUAGCAUGGCCGCUAAGAGCUGUACACAAAUCAGACUUACAGGACACGUAAAAGCACUAUCCAAAGUAAUUAAGGAAGGAAGUGAUGGACACAAAUAAAAACCAAAAGAGCUGUAAAAUGCUAUGAGGCGUAACUGAGAGAGCUACUAAGUCAUAAAAAGCAAAUAAAGAAAAGGAAAACCAGCGCUAAGACGAACAGAAAAGAGGGACGAGAGUCCUGCGAGUGUCAUGGAGAAAAGGCAAUGCUGAAGUGUGUUUUAGGACUUCCGACGGAUGGAGCCGAACGCACAUGGAGGUGCAGAGAGUUCCAGAGGUUUGGGAGCUCCAUGAGCAAAGGAAUGCUCCCCUCGUGAUUUAUACUGGACCUUCAGAACAACCAGCAGCAGACGAUUGGCUGAUCGACGGGGACGCGUGGGUGCGUUUGGAGACAACAGGUCUGCCGAAUAGGAUGGGGAUGGGCAAUUCUGCCUAAGCCGGAUGCAAGAAUCACAAUCAGGACAGAAGUAGUGUAAUCCAGAUGGGGGGUCAUGAACGAGUGAAUGACAGACUCAAAAUGCAGGUGUUUGAGGUGGAUUUAAGAUGUGUGGUGCGGCAGAGUUGGAAAGAGCAGGAGGAGGUAGGAGUAGGAGGUAAAUAAACCCAAUAUAACCCUGUUUAGAUUUUGCAUUAAAGGCAGGUUUACUCUAGUGCAUCAGACCUGUGAGACAGAGCCGAGGUUUCCUGAACGCAUCACUUACACACACAGUAUGUGAGAGGGGAGGAGAUCAGAAGAAGGAGGAGGAGAGAUGCAUGCUGGUCUGGAGCACGUUGCUCUCGAGCUAGCAGAACUUUAGUUAGAGAAAAGUUAGUCACAAGUGUUUUCUUGAGCACAAAAUAGUCCUGGAUACUAUUAAACAGCUGUUUCCCUAAGUACGGAGUGUCCACCGCUGACGACACGGAGUGGGUCGUGGAAGAUGAUCCCGCUGGGGCUUUUCUGGAACUUUCUUCAAUCUAUUCGGACUGGUUUUUUAUUUGUUGUUGUGGAGAAAACUACCCGGUUCGGUACCAGCUGAAGUCCACCCGUUGGAGUCCAGGACAUCAGCGCUGCGACGUGGAGGCCAUCUGCGUACAGAUGUCGACAGGUGGAUGGUUGCUGCUGCAUUAGGCAGUAGAACAAUCUAGAUGAAACUUUUCGACAAACCGGCGUUGCUGGAAGAGAGAGAGACGGAGAAAGUAGAGCAUUUGACAUUUUUCUCUAUUCUUUCUUAUUUUUGAAAGACAUUGAAAAUAAAUAUUUUGGGGAUUUUAUUUUGAUAUCUUUCCUUUACUUAUAUGAAAGAACAAAGAAAGUGAAUGAAACUGUUUGAACUGUCAUGCAAACGUAUUAUUGUUGGAGGUGCUACCUACUCAUUUCACUGAGUUCGCUCCUCAGUCUCCCAAUUGAAACUAGGGACUUCUUCUGACUGAAUUUAGUUGAACUUUAGUAUUUCUUUGAAUUGUUGUUUACUGUAACCGUCCUGGUUUGAGACACUAGUCAUAUUGGAUUUAGAAACCAUAGGUAUUUAACCUUGACACAGUAGAAAAAGAAGUCUACCCCAAACUUGAGCAAGGGGUUACGCACCAAACGUGGCGAGCUAGCCAGGAGAUUGGUGACAGUAGCUUUUUGACCUUCCAACCCCUGUUACACAUGUGAAGUUUGUGGUACAUUAUCUUUAAUCCAUCAAGGAUGUUUGUAACCAGUUCAAACGUAACGGUCAGCACUACCAGGAGCUGUACAAACCUACACAGAUGAAGAAACCCUGACGGAUUUUAAAACUAAUGCGGACAUUUCUAAGAUAGUCAGCAUGAAUCAGGACAACCGAAAAGGAGAGAACUAAGUUUGUGUGUGACAGGUUCAUUUCUCGACCCGUCACCCUAGGUGCUUUCACAACUCCCAAAGACCCGUUUGUUUCAUGGUCUGCACGGAUCAGAGGUGCCUGUCAGGAGGAACUGGGCAGGGACAUGGCUCUUAGAUACUAGAUCAAGUCGUUGCCGGUAGCAGUGGGACAGGUUUCCUGAACGCGCUUCAGGAGGAGCUGCAGAUCACACACACACACACACGCUCACACACGCACGCACGCACACGCGCACGCACGCACGC